CUGCUGCCGACGUGGGCUGCAGGCCGCAGGCGGUUGCCGGGCGAGCAAACGGAGCGGGCGGCGGGCAUGGGCGGCCUGCGGCUGCUGGCGGUAGCCCUCACGUGCAGCUGCUGGUGGCCGCAGGGCGGCCAGGGCAAGACCCUGCGUGGCAGCUUCAGCAGCGCCGCGGCCCGCGACGCCCAGGGCCAGAGCAUCGGCCAUUUCGAGUUCCACGGUGACCAUGCUCUUCUGUGUGUCAGAAUCAACAACGUAGCAGUGGCUGUUGGAAAAGAAGCUAAACUCUACCUGUUCCAAGCCCAGGAAUGGCUGAAGCUGCUGGAGAGCAGCCCCGGCUACAGCUGCAGUGAGCGGCUAGCCCGAGCUCAGCUGACAGUGACAGUGACCCAGACGGAGCACAACCUCACAGUGUCCCAGCUGCCCGCUCCCCAGACAUGGCGAGUGUUCUAUGCCGACAAGUUCACCUGCAGGGAUGACUCAGAGAGCCCCCAGGGGGAGGAGAUCCCCUUUGAAAUGGUGCUCCUCAACCCGGACGCCGAGGGAAACCCACUGGAUCAUUUUAGCGCCAGAGAGUCCGGGCUCCACGAGUUCUUUUUCCUCCUCGUCCUAGUGUACUUUGUGACUGCGUGCAUCUAUGCGCAGUCUCUGUGGCAGGCUAUGAAGAAGGGAGGACCCAUGCACACCAUCUUAAAGGUCCUCACCACUGCACUGCUGCUUCAAGCUGCUUCAGCCUUAGCUAAUUACAUCCACUUGUCCAGGUACUCCAGAGAUGGGCUAGGAGUGCCUCUCAUAGGAAGCCUGGCAGAAGUUUUUGACAUUGCCUCCCAAAUUCAGAUGCUGUACCUGCUUCUGAGCCUGUGUAUGGGCUGGACAAUAGUGCGGAUGAAGAAGUCGCAGAGCAGACCGCUCCAGUGGGACUCGACACCCGCGUCCACGGGCAUCGCAGUCUUCAUCGUCAUCACACAGAGCAUUUUGCUACUCUGGGAGCAGUUUGAAGACACCAGUCACCACAGCGCACAUUCACACCGCAGCUUAGCCGGGCUCUUGCUGAUUGUCUUACGGAUCUGCCUGGCGCUGUCGCUGGGCUGCGGACUCUACCAGGUCAUCACAGUGGAGAGGAGCGCGCUCAAGAGAGAGUUCUACAUCACGUUUGCCAAGGGCUGCAUCCUGUGGUUCUUGUGCCAGCCAGCGCUCGCAUGCAUUGCUGUCGCUUUUAAUGACUACCAAAGAGAUAAGCUUAUCACAGUAGGUGUCAUCCUGUGUCAGGCCGUGGCCAUGGUCAUUCUGUACAGACUUUUCCUGUCCCACAGUCUUUACUGGGAGGUCUCCUCGCUCUCCUCAGUAACGCUACCACUGACCAUCUCGUCUGCACACAGAGGGCGCCCUCAUUUCUGAUGCUUGAGUUUUGUGGAGAGAACCAGUGAAUGGAGAAGUGCAAUAGGAUCCAACGCAGCACCGUCUUGCUGUGCCUUUGUGUGACAGCUGAGCGGUGGAAGCAGGGCGUCUUAUUUAUAGAACUGAACGUCAGCGGGCUCAGCAGAAAGGAAUAGAAGCUCCGGAGUGAACUCAAACAGUGAACUUCCCAGAAAGAAUGUUGUUUCAAGGUGACUGAAACAGUUUCCACGUGGAAAUAAAUGUGAAAAGGACUGCUUAGAGUACACGUGGGCCAGGUGGUCACACCUGCGAUGCCUCGUCACUAGCAAACUCAGGCCUGAUAGUCCUACAGUAUUCACCUAGACAAUACUUGCCUGUGCGUGCCCAGCUCGCCCAGUUAUGAAAUCAGCGGGAUGUGCUGAUUUUAAAACUACUUCUUUUUAUCCUUUAAAGAACGUGCAUUUCAAAUUAUAAUUUAAAGGACUUGAAAGUGAAAUUACUUAGGAAAUAAAUAGAAAAUAUGUUAACAGUUAAACGAAUUAGCAUUUGUUUAUUCACGUGUGGAGUUAUUCUGCAAUUUCUCCUUGUAUUGUUGGCCCUGCUUCAGGUCUUAUCUUGAUUGAGGAAGGAUCUUGGAUAAAGUGUGGAAAAUCAUGGGUACAUUACAUUGGUUGGAAGAACAGAGAGCUUAAGUGUGAGGACGUGGGUAAGGGACAAGCAGGGUUUUGUGUUUAAAAAGAAAGAAGGAAGAGGUAGUAUGUGGUAUGGCCCUGAAAUUUUAAUCCUGUGAUAAUUCAUUUCUCUUGCGCGGAAUCCCCAGUCCUAAUGAAGCUGUAGACACAGAUUAAAUUAACAGGAGCAUUUCACAGGACUGUUAGUUUCCGUCAUCAACCUACCCACGAAUUCCUGCCCAAGGAUACUUAAUCAGGAUUAAAUUUUCUAUGAAUAAUUGAAAAACAAAAUACUCACUGGAUUUGUUCUAAUCCAUGUUGGCACUGGAUGGUAAGGAGUUGCCAUCUUGAAUCCUUUGUAAUAAAGCUGUGUGUGUGUGUGUUUGUGUGUGUGUGUGUGUGUGUGUGUGUGUGUGUGUGUGUGUGUUUGUGUGUGUGUGUGUGUGUGUUGCUCCCCAAAUUAAGUAUGCUAGUCCUCUAAAAGGUUCCUCAUUAAAGAACCACUCUGUAGCUGUCAGGACUUGCUGUGUGCUGGUAUCUGUGAAGUCGCUUGGACCUUAUUGUUUACUUUUAACUAAUUUUAAAUAUUUAAUCUGCUUGCCAUAUUUUUAAACAGGAAAUGGUGCAAUAAUCUGGUAAUUGCGUUUUUUAAUGGAAGGGUUCAGUUAAUGUAGCAGAAUGGAAAAGGACUGUGGCUUUGUCUUUAUUUUUUCCUUGUCUAUAGUUUCAUUGAAAAUGAAAAUAUCCUGCUUCAUUUUAAGACAAAAUGUGUUUGCAGUCAGCAAAAUGGCAAAGUAAUACAGUCUAGCCCGUGAUUAAAACAUUUCUAUAGGUU